AUGUCAAAAUAUGGUAUUCGAUUUAAUUCAUCACCUAUUGAAAAAUUUGAUGCAGCUGUACCACAAACAAUUUUAGCUCGUAUGAAUGAACUUAAAAUGCAAGAAUAUAAAGUUAUUAUUUAUAUUCUUGAUCAGGUUGGUGAUGACAUUUAUCAUCUGAUUAAAUAUUUUGGAAAUAUUAAAAUUGGUAUGGUAACGCAGUGUAUACGUUUCGAUCAACUUGUGUCAAAUAGUGAUCCGCGUGAAAUGGAUAUGUAUAUUCAAAAUUUGGUAGAAAAAUUCAAUGCCAGAUUACGUGGUGUUAAUCAACUUGUUUCAUUAAUGCCAGCAUUAACAUCACCAUCAGCUCGAUCUGAUAUAUUUAUGUGUUUUGGUAUUGGUUGUACUCAUAUAACAUGUUCACAUGUACGACCAUCCACUGCUGCUUUUUGUUGGAUCAAAAGAUUCUACAAAUACACAAUAUGCUGCU